AUGGACAGUAACAGCAUAUUAAGACUUUUAAUUGAGGAUGAUGAGUUGGAUUUGUUAUUUGAUGAGAAUCAGUACAUGUGUGCUCUUUUGGAGGAGAUGGGUGGAGCAACAGAAGCUGAUGCUGAUAGGCAAUUAGUCAGGACAAACCGAGGUGAAGGUUGGCGACGUGUGCAACGUUUUAUGAACGGGUCUGAGGUACAAUGCUAUGAGAUUCUACGCAUGAACCAGGAAACAUUUAAGAGUUUGUGUAAGGUGCUAUCAGAAAAGUAUGGGUUAAAGGAGACUCACAAUGUUUACGUUGAGGAGAGUGUUGCAAUGUUCUUAGAGACGGUCGGACAAGAUGCAACUGUACGGGCUAUAUCAGAGCAUUAUCAGCAUUCAACUGACACUGUGAAAAAGAAGUUAGAACAGGUAUUAAGUUCUCUCUUGAAGCUUGCAUCAGACAUUGUGAAACCGACUAGGAAUGAGUUUGCAACUGCUAGUCCUUUUCUAGAAGGUAAACCACAGUAUUGGCCUUACUUUAAGAACUGCAUAGGUGCUUUAGAUGGAACUCAUAUUGCUGUCCGUCCACCAUCUGGGAAUAGUGAGCCAUUUAGAGGUAGAAAAGGUGAACCAACCAUGAAUGUGCUGGCUAUUUGUAAUUUUGACAUGAGGUUCAUCUACGCUUAUGUUGGAGUUCCCGGGAGAGCACAUGAUACGAAGGUGCUAACAUACUGUGCUACUGAAGAAGCUUCUUUUCCUCACCCACCAGCUGGAAAAUACUACUUGGUCGACUCAGGUUACCCAACCAGAACUGGUUACUUAGGUCCUCAUCGCAAGACUAGAUACCAUAUAGAUCAGUUCAACAGAGGAGGUCCACCAUCAAACACUAGGGAAUUGUUCAACCGCAAGCACUCCGGUUUAAGAUCAAUGAUUGAGAGGACUUUUGGUGUUUGGAAAGCCAAGUGGAGAGUUUUAGACAGAAAACAUCCCAAGUAUGAGUUGAAGAAAUGGAUAAAGAUUGUGACAGCAACCAUGGCCCUCCACAACUUUAUUCGAGAUUCACAACAUGGAGAUACUGAUUUUUCUUAUUGGGAAGGAGUGGAAUCAUAUGAACAGCAUGGUGAUGAUCAAGAAGAGCAUGUUGGAUACAUUCCGCAGGGUGAUAGACUGAUGGAGAGUGUGCGUCACUGUAUUACUAUGGAGAUGGCAAGAGGAACUAGACUUCCAUACUAG